AUGGAUGUGUUCUUCUGCUUAAAUUGUGAUGAAGACAACAUUUUAGUGGAUAACACAUGUGUUCAUUUUACACAAAUACCCAAUUGUAUUUCCGCUAUAAAUUCACAAUGCUCAAAAUGUGAUAAUGGAUUCAAAUUAAGUUCCGACAAACUCGAAUGUUUAAAAAAGACGAAUUAUGGACUUGUUAUUGCAUUACCGAUAUCAUGUGUACUAUUUCUAUUACUAAUUAUUAUUGUUUUAAUAAUACUUAUAUUUGUACUAAUUAUUAAAAAGAAAGAAAUUGAGUCCACUGAAAACGUGUGUGUAUUUGAAAUAAGUCGUUCUAAUGUUAUUAUGAAUAAAUUAAGUAACGAAGUUCUUGUUGAUAAGCAUGACAUCAGAUUUGGUAGUGAUAAUGAAUAUCUCAAAAUGGACAAUGAAAGUAGAGAAUUGUUGUGUGUUGGAAACGCAUCAAAAA